UAUUUAUAUUUAUUAAUACUUUAUUUCAGCUUAAAAAAACCAUAACAUUUAAUAAAAUAUUUUUUACUAAUAAGUAAAAAAUAUUCAUAAUCUAUGUUAGUAACUUAAAAACCUAAUAUAUAAUCAGACAUACAUUAUAUUAUAUCAUUACAAUUUUUUUCUCCCAAGUGCCAGCUGCGAAGGCAUCUGCAGUCCCUCGAUCUUGUUCGAUAUGAUGGUUAGAAGACUGUAGGCACUGUCACGCACUCGGCGCAAUAACGAUGCACUCCUCUGCCUCAUUAUUGCAAACAAGUCAUCGGUGUGAGAUGUCGCAAACAUUGUGGAUGCGCCACAAAAGCGCGGCAAUGACAACCAUAUCCUAAACGCAUUAUCAUAUUGAACACGCAGGGCAUUGUAAGCUCUCCGCGUAUAUGUGGUCCACAGUCUACUGGCCUAAAAAUUCUGACAAUAAGCUUUAAAAAAGUGUAACUUUGACAGAGCUAUCGCAACCAGUGAAUCUGCGGGCCGCCAUAUUGCAUCUUACUAUCAACGCCCUACGCUCCCUAUCUAUAUCACAAUCAUCCGUACCGCUCUCUGUUACAUGUUACAUAAUAUAUCUGUAGCAUUUUACUAAAUCACGAAAGUGAAUUAUAGUCAAUGUUCUUAGAAGGCAGAACUGCGUAAGGCAGAAGGGCAGAAAGGCAUUAGUCAGAAAGCUCUAAGUUAGUGCAUUAAACGUAAAAAGCGUUAAGACAAAACAAACUGUACGAUUUGUUCGUUCGUCACAGCACUAUAUAAUAGACUGACCGUGGUGAUUAUACACGGAAAAAAAAUAUUAGAUGAAUAGUAAAUUGAAAGAAAAAAUACUGAUUCUUUUUUGUGAACGUACAAAUGAAUGAUUCGUUUAACAUAAAUACGAAGUUGCGUCGCGGCCUCCCACAGUAUCGCCACGAGCGUGCCGACAUGCUGAUCGUAGUGCUGCUCAUCGUCGCGUGUGCCAUUGUCGUCGCUUUGUACCAGAAGCAAACCAAUGGCGUGUGUCAGUCCCGACGGCGACUGGACGGGCGCACGGCAAUCGUGACCGGCGGCACCAGCGGCAUGGGGCUGCACAUCGCCGAGGAGCUGGCGCGCCGCGGGGCCCGUGUCAUCGUGGCCUGUCCCUUCCCCGCGGAGGGCGCCGCCGGCCUCGCGCAUGUCCGGAGCCGCUCCGGGAACGAUGAUGUCGUCUUCAAGCUACUCGACCUGGGCUCGUUGGAGUCGGUGCGCGCGUUCGCCACCCACGUGCUCGCCACCGAGCAGCGCCUGGACAUCCUCGUCAACAACGCCGGAGUCGGCGUCCCAGGCGACUUCCUCACGCGAGACGGCUUAAGUUUCAUAAUGCAAGUCAACUACUUCGGGACAUUCCAGCUAACUCUGCUGCUCCUGCCGCUGCUGAUCAAGUCCGGCUCCCCCGAGGAUCCGAGCCGCAUUGUGAACACUUCCUCGAUAGCCCACUGGAUCGGGACCGCGGACAUGAAGCGGUUGACCGGUGCUGGCCACUACUGGCCUACCGUGAGGGUCUACGCGAACAGCAAGCUCUGUCUCGUGCUGUUCACGCACGAGCUCGCAAAGCGGCUGAGGGGCACUAACGUAGUCGUGAACUGCGUGGACCCGGGCGCCGUGGGCACCAGGAUCUUCGAGUCGCUGAACAAGUUGGUCGGCAUAGUGUUGAAUGUCGCGGUGCAGUGCUUGUUUAAGACGGCGCGUCAGGGCGCGCAGACGGCUCUGCACGUGGCGCUGGACGAGGCCGCGGGGAGGGUGUCCGGCCAGUUGUUCAAGAACUGCGCCGUGUCCCGCGGGGCCGCGCGCGCCUACCGCGACGACACCGCGCUGCAGCUCUGGGAUGAGUCGGCCCGGCUGGUCCACUUGACCCCCGCUCACAUCGAAAAGUGCUUCCUCAGCUCGACAUUUUAAUUUAUUUAUUUACAACAUAGGUCGCGUAAUGUAAUGUAUAUUAUUAUGUAUGUAUGAGGUUUCUAUUUUUCUUUGUUUAAAAUGUAAUUUAAAAAAAUAAUUACCAUGUAAUUAACCUAUGUGAACCCGUUCGAUUUCCUGCCUAUAUCGACUGACUCGGAGGUGCAGCAGUUAGUGCCCCUGAUGGGCCGAGGGUCAUGGAUUCGACAUCGGCCAACGUUCAUGUGAUGAACAUGUUUGUUUACUCUUACUUGUUACUUGUCUGGGUGUUUCCCUUCUGUAAAUGUAUGAAUGUACAUCUGUAUAUAUUUAAACGUAUAUAAAUAUCAUUCUCUGGUUCCCAUAGCACAGGAAAUCUCAGCUCGGGGACAGAUAGCCGAGUGUGACUUGUCAGCAAUCAUUCUUACUAUUUCUAAUUAGAUUUGAACUCUACCAAGGUCGGCUAUUUUUAUAGAACCAGGUACAAGCAUGUGCCUAGUAAUCUGAUUCCUUGUGAAAUUUUAAGUGAUUGAGUUCGCUUGUGUGUCGGCGUGUGCUAGGGAGUGCUUUAAUGGGAACAUAGUUGUAUUUAAAAACCGUCGGACUAGUGAGCGGGCGUCUAUAACGACAGAUAUCUGUACUGGUGCAGCAUACAGCAUACACAGGACAGAGUACAGGGACAGAGUAGAGGAUACAGAGUGUCACAAAAUUCAACGUUAACCUGUACUGAUGUACCGGGCGAGACGCCAAGUUAAUACUAGUUCAAGAAAAUAUGUUGACCAAAGUUAUGAACGAUAGCGACCCGCCCUCGCUUCGCUUCGGAAACAUUAAAACACACAUGAAACCAAAAAAAUAAAAUAAAAAAAAUUUAAAAAAAGUAGCCUAUGUUCAUCAGGGACAAUGUCGGCUUCUAAUGGAAAAAGAAUUUUUCAAAUCGGUCCAGUAGUUUCGGAGCCUAUUCGAAACAAACAAACAAACAAAUCUUUCCUCUUUAUAAUAUUAGUAUAGAAGUAUCUAAAAAUACAGUGUGAUCUCUUAUAAUGUGCACGUAUCGAAAUGAGAGAAUCUAUACUUAAUUUUGUCGAGGGAAAAAUAUUUAAAAAAAGGUAAAAAAAAAUUUUUAAAUUUUUCAAUUUUUUCGUUCAGUACUGCGACUCCGGUGUAAACAAAACGGACUUUUGAACUAAAUGAUCUAUCGUGGUUAAACAAAUUACAUAAUGAUUGGAAUUAUUUAGGCGUCCUCAUAAAAUGAAAAAGUGGGAGAAAGCCUCCCCUCAAUUGAAAAUAAACAUGUUUUUUAGCAUAAAUCUGUUAUUUUUUCAUAAAUUUUUAUUUUAUUUAUUUAUUUAUUUAUUUAUGUACACACAAAAAAGAAGACAUAGUACAGAGUAAUAGGAAAAUUAUGUACAAAGCCACUGCUUAUUUCUUUAAGAAAUCUCUUCCAUCAGACCUACGAGAGGAUUAUGAGAAUAAUAAUUAAAAGUGAUGAGUGUAUGUAGAACAGUUAAAAUAACAAAUACAACAUGAGAAUUAUAGUAAUGCACAUACACAUAGCAAAUAUUGGUAAACUUGAAUACAAAAUAUUUACAACAUUUUACAACGUUUUUUAUUACAACAUACAACAUUUACAACAAAAUAUUUACAAGAUAUUACAACAAUCCUAAAAUUUUUCAAAAAGACGCCCCCUUUACCUUAUUUUUUAAUUACUUAAAAUUAUUCUACAUCGUAUUAGCUACCCAUUAGUAAAAAUUUCAUGUUUAUAACUCAAACGUACAUUUUCUAUGAAGUGUGCCAUCUGCCCGCAAUUUCCAGGAAGUUCACAGAAGGUCGUCGAUCACUGGACUUUGAUCAAGUAGAGAUCGUCGCGAGCCGCCUCAAGUAAUUAUUGAUGUGGCUAUUGAAGAAGUAGUAAUUAGUGAUUUGUUUGCUGAUCCAUCCAUAAGUAUUAGAAGAUUGUCUCUUCGUCACCGAAUAUCCCAAAAAUCAGCGUGGCUCAUUUUAAUGAAAGAAGGAUUGCAUCCUUAUCGCUAUCAAAGGGUGCAACAUCUACACGAAGACGUAGACUGCUGUCUGUUUGUUCCGGCUGAUCGCUGGAACGGCUGGACCGAUUUUGACGAGACUUUCACUGAUAGGUAGCUGAUGAUAUAAGGAGUAACUUAGGCUACUUUUUUUAGACUAGCUUCGCCCCGCGACGUCACCCACGUUACGACAAUAACUGCGGGUAACAUCGCGGGACACAGCUAUCAAUAAUAAUGUUACGCGCUGGAGUUCGGAAUAAAUAAAUGAAUGAA